AUGGCCUCAACUUUGCUGAAAAAUCUUCUCCUUUCCCUCCUAGUUGUCUCUGCUGGUUUUUGGGUUGCAAAAGCAAGUGAUCCAGACAUCCUAUUUGACUUUGUAGCCCCAGCAAAUUCUACAAACAAUUUUGAUGGAAACUAUUUCACAUUCAUUGGACUACGUGGAGUGCUAUUCAACAGUACCUCGCCAAACUUCAAGGUGACAAAAGCUAGCAUGGCAGAGUUCCCGGCUUUGAAAGGCCAAAGCGUUUCUUUUGCCAUUCUCCAAUACCCUGCAGGUGGUCUUAACCCGCCUCACACCCACCCUCGCUCUGCAGAACUUCUGUUUCUCGUGCAAGGAAGUCUUCAGGUUGGUUUCGUAGAUACCACUAACAAGCUUUACAAUCAGACUCUCCAAGUUGGGGACAUGUUCAUAUUUCCUAAGGGACUUGUACACUUCCAAUACAAUGCGAAUACCACCGGAACAGCCACAGCCGUAUCUGCUUUCGGUAGUGCAAAUGCUGGAACUAUUUCAAUCCCUGCUAACGUUUUUACUACUGGCAUUGAUGAUGUAAUCCUUGCCAAGGCUUUCAAGACUGAUAUUGCUACCAUUCAGAAUAUCACGGCCGGUCUAAUUACACCCAAGACUUAG